AUGCGUACCCUUAGCUUGGCAGCGCUUCUCUACGCUGUGUCGGCAAACGCCUUCCAAGGUUUCAACUAUGGCUCUACUUUCACCGACGGCCGCGCAAAGACCCAAUCUGACUUUGAGGCCGAGUUCAAGGCUGCAGCCAGCCUCGAAGGCACCAAGGGCGCAUUCACCUCUGCCCGACUAUAUACUAUGGUCCAAGGUGGCAGCACCAACGACCCCAUCUCAGCCAUCCCGGCUGCUAUUUCUACCAGGACCAGCCUGCUGCUCGGUCUUUGGGCUUCCGCCGGGGACCCUACCUUCAACAACGAGCUCGAGGCGCUGAGGAAGACCGUGUCCCAGUAUGGCAGCCAGCUCAAUGGCCUGGUGGCCGGCAUCUCCAUCGGCAGCGAAGACCUCUACCGCCAUUCCCCCACCGGCAUUGCUAAUGGCGAAUUCGCUGGUGCCGAGCCCAGCACUCUUGUGAAGUACUUCGAGCAGGUCCGGGAAGUUAUCAAGGACUCGCCUUUGAGCAGCGCUCCUCUUGGUCACGUCGACACGUGGACUGCCUGGGUUAACGGCAGCAACAAGGCAGUCAUCGACGCUUGCGACUGGAUCGGAAUGGACGCCUAUCCGUACUUCGAGGACACGAAGCCCAAUGACAUCUCCAACGGCAAGGAACGCUGGGCCGAUGCUCUGGGUGCGACUCAGGGCGCUGUCGGCGGCAAGCCGGUCUGGGUCACCGAGACCGGUUGGCCUGUCAGUGGAAAGACUGUCGGCUCUGCUGUUCCCUCGCUAGAGAACGCCAAGACGUUCUGGGAUGAAGUUGGUUGCCCCAUGUUCGGAAAGACGAAUGUCUGGUGGUACACUUUCCAAGACUCUUCCCCGACUACGCCCAACCCCAGCUUUGGCGUCAUUGGCUCUAGCUUGUCCACGAAGCCACUCUACGAUCUUUCGUGUGACAACGCCAACUCUGGUUCUUCAUCCUCUUCUGCGUCAGGCACAAAGACUGCCACAGAUAGCACCUCUACCCAGACUGGUGGAUCAGGGUCGGCGUCAGCUUCGGCUACUGCCACUGACACGGGUUCGGGAUCUGGCUCUGGCUCCGGCUCCGGGUCUCAGGGCACUGCGACCGCCACCACAAUGUCAACCGCCGUGCCGUCGGACGGAUCGGGCUCAGGCGGAAGCGGAGGCGGUAGUCCUUCUCCCUCUGCCUCUCAGGGAUCUGGCUCCGGUUCUGGAUCGGGUUCUGGCUCAGGCUCUGGUUCCGGCAGCCCCGGUAGUAAUGCUACCGUGAGCAUGCCUUCGUCGGGCCCAACAUCGUCUCCGACUACUGUUCCUGGCAGUAGCGCAAGCGUAACAACCUUCAGCAUUGCCAUUCUUGCCGGCAUGCUUGUUCUUGCGAUGUUUUAA